ACUGAGCCAAAAAAGAAACAGCUAGUCCCCUUCAGACCUCGUCCAAGGCGACCCUCCGGCUCUCCCAGGAACGUCGCGAUCUCACACUAACCCCUGGAGGCCGUGCCUCGACGUCCCCUUGCAACGCUGCCUUGAAAUCCCACCUGAUGAGCUUGGGAACGUUUGCCCAGAGGCACCCCCACUGACUUCCUCUUUGGGGUCAGAGCACCUUGCACCCGAGGUUUAGCAGGAAGGAGGCCGGGCCACCAUGGCACCCUCGGGGACACUGCCUGGGGCCCGCCGGGCUCUGCUUCUCUGCGCGCUGCUGGCCUGUCUGCUGCUCCCAGGUAUCCGAGGACAGGCCUUCUCGCUGUGGGUGGAGCCCCAGGGCCCGCUGGUGAUCUCUGGUGGGUCCCUGCUGGUGAACUGCAGCACCGACUGCCCCAGCGCCCCCCUCAUCCACCUGGAAACACCCCUCGUCAAGGAGCCGCAGGGUCGUGGCCCCAACUGGGUGGCCUUCCAGCUGCACAACGUGACCGACGACAGCCAGGUCCUGUGUGGCGUGGUUUGCCAAGGCUCCCAGAUGACAAGCUCCACCAACCUCACCGUGUACAGGCUCCCAGAGCGCGUGGAGCUGGUGUCCCUGCCCCCCUGGCAGCCCGUCGGGGAGACCCUCACCCUGCGCUGCGUGGUGGCGGGCGGCGCGCCCCGGCAACACCUGUCCGUGGCGCUGCUCCGCGGGGAGGAGGAGCUGAGCCGGCAGCCGGCCGUCGGGGAGCCCGCCGAGGUCACGGCCACGGUGCUGGCGCGCAGGGAGGACCACGGCGCCAACUUCUCGUGCCGCGCGGAGCUGGACCUGCGUCCCCAAGGGCUGGGGCUGUUCCGCAACACCUCCGCCCCCAGGCAGCUCCGAACCUUCGCCCUGCCCGUGACUCCCCCGCGCCUCGAUGUCCCCCGGUUCUUGGAGGUGGGAAUGUCGCGGGCCGUGAGCUGCACCCUGGACGGGCUGUUCCCGGCGUCGGAGGCCCAGGUCCGCUUGGCGCUGGGGGACCAGGAGCUGAAUCCUGAGGUCGUCAGCCAGAGGGACACGCUCAAGGCCACCGCCACGGCCACAGCGCGCGCGGAUCAGGAGGGCGCCGGGGAGAUGGCCUGCAUCGUGCGCCUGGGGGGGGAGAGCCGCAAGAUCCAGCAGAACGUGACGGUCCACGGCUUUCUGGGCCCCAACCUGACCCUGAGCGAGUCCAGCGUCCUCGAGGGCACCAUGGUGACCGUGACCUGCGCAUCCGGGGCCCGAGCCCUGGUCACACUGGACGGGACUCCAGCCGCGGGCUCCGGGCAGCCCGCCCAGCUUCACCUGAACGCCACAGAGCACGACGAUGGGCGCGGCUUCUUUUGCACCGCCACCCUCCAGGUGGACGGGGAGACCCUGCGCAGGAGCGCGAGCGCCGAGCUGCGCGUCCUCUAUGGUCCCAAGAUCGACCGGGCUAAAUGCGCCGAGCGCUUCACGUGGAAGGAGAAGACUUACCAGGUCCUGCGGUGCCAGGCCCGGGGCAACCCGGCGCCCCGGCUGCAGUGCUUGCACGAAGUCUCCAGCGCCAGCGUGCCCGUGGGGACCCAGUUCCACGUCACUUUAAACUACAGCGGCACUUAUCGGUGCCAGGCAGCCAGCUCGCGGGGCACGGACACCCUGGAAGUGGUGCUGGUGGUGCAGAAUCGCAACCCCCGCUCGGUCGUCGUCGUCCUAGCGGUGCUGUCGGUCCUGGGCCUGGUGAUUCUGGCAGUGGCCUUGAUGUGCGUCUUCAAGCGGCAUAAGAGGAGCGGCAGCUACAGGCCAUGGAACACCUUCCUGCCCCUUACGUCUAGAGAGCCCGACGGGGCGGGGGAGGAGGAGCCCUCCUGAGCUGCGGGCUGCUGGGAUCCGGGGGGCCCUGGGCUGUACGCCCGGGUUCUGCACUAAUAAAGCCUUCCAAGCCC